CUGUUUAUAUGGCUGCUGAUGGGAACCAGCCUCACACACCAUACACACACACACACACGCCAGUCAAGCACCAUCCAUCAUGCACAGCAAAGAACAUAUCAGCCACGAUGAAUACCAGAAGUCGGCGGAGUGGCUGAAGUCUCACACCAAACAUCGCCCCCAAGUGGCCAUCAUCUGCGGCUCGGGCUUGGGCAUGUUGGCCGACGCCCUCAAAUGUCAAGAUUCCUUCCUUUACACCGACAUUCCAGGUUUCCCGCAGAGCACAGUUCAAGGUCACGCCGGCCGGCUGGUUUUCGGGGAGAUGAAGGGGAAAACAUGCGUGUGCAUGCAGGGUCGAUUCCACAUGUAUGAGGGACAUUCGCUCUGCAAGACCACCUUUCCGGUGCGAGUCUUCAAGCUGCUGGGCGUGGAGACCUUAAUCGUGACCAACGCCGCCGGCUCGUUGGCUGAUGGCCUGCGACCCGGUGACAUCAUGAUCAUCAAGGACCACAUCAACUUCCCCGGCUUGGUGGGUCUGAACCCUCUCAACGGACCCAACGACGACAAGUUCGGGCCGCGCUUCCCGGCCAUGUCGGGAUGCUACGACAAAGGUCUGCGCUCCCUGGCCAUUGAGAUUGCAAAGCAGAUUGGCGUCGCCAACCUCACGCAGGAGGGGGUGUAUGCCAUGGUCGGGGGACCCACUUUUGAAUCCAUCGCUGAGGCCAGACUGCUGCAUCGACUGGGCGUGGAUGCUGUCGGCAUGAGUACUGCCCCCGAGGUCGUCAUUGCGACCCACUGCGGCUUAAGGGUCUUCGGCCUAUCUCUUAUCACCAACAAGGUGGUAAAGAGCUAUGAGGACCCAGAAAGUGUGGACCACCAGGGGGUUCUGGAGGUGGGCCGGCAGCGCUCGCACACGCUGCAGCAGCUCGUGACCGAACUGGUCGCCAGGAUGGAAAUCAACAGCGACAGCAGAAAUAACACUCUUUAAGAGGGGACACCUUUUUCUUUUUUGUACAGAUGUCACAUGGUACAGCUAACUUCUUUUAAUCAACCGCUGUUAUUUCAAUAGAAUAAAUAUUUAUACAAUGUAAUGCGGGGCUAUAUUAGUUGUAGGAGUUAAGAAAAUGUUUAGCCAUCCAUUUUGUGAUUUUAUGGUCAAAUUGAUACUGUU